CACUGAUCAGAAACGUUACACCGCCUGCUGGGAUGAGGCUCAAAACACCGGAUUCUCAAAGGAGACCGUUACAAAGCUGAGAUAAACGAUACAAAAUCUAAACCGUAUAUCUAUAUUCAUUUUCACGCAGGUACGAGAUAACCAGGCUGCAGGAGGAGAUUCAACAUUCCGCGUCGCCAGGAUGAUGGAAGAGAUAGAUAGAUUUCAAGUCCCGAGCGCCGUGCAAGAGGCGGAGAUGCAGUCUGAGAUGCAGCCUCUUGACCCGGCCUCGUCCACAGCCUCCUCCGAGGCCGACUCGGAUCCCCGCGAGGUCGAGCCCGCCAGCCUCACCUACAAACCCUCCCCCCUACAGAUGAAGAUAGAUAAACAGAGGGAGCUGUCCAGAAAGGGUCCCAUCAAGAACAGUAACGCGGUGGGCAGUCCAGUGAACCAACAGCCCAAGAAGAACAAUGUUAUGGCCAGGACACGAUUGGUAGUUCCCAACAAAGGGUAUUCUUCCUUAGACCAGAGUCCAGAUGAAAAGCCCCUGGUGGCCCUAGACACAGACAGCGAUGAUGACUUUGAUAUGUCGAGAUACUCUUCGUCGGGGUACUCCUCAGCCGAGGUGAGACGGGUGGGAUGGCACCCACUCAAUCAGCAAAUCAAUCAGGACCUGAACAUUCAGCUGCUCAAAGACGGCUACCGUCUAGACGAGAUCCCGGACGACGAGGACCUGGACCUCAUCCCGCCUAAGUCCGUCAACCCCACCUGCAUGUGUUGCCAGGCAGCCUCCUCCAGCGACUGUCAAAUACAGUAACCCUCCCCCUUCCUCCCCGUCUCCCAAAGCUCCCCUCCGAGCCCCGCCCUCUACUUUACACAUGAACCCCUCGCAACCCCAGCUGCCUCUCAUCUGAGUGUAGUAACCCUAUCAGAGAGCGACCACAGAGAAACGCUGGUGGUGGAAGUAGGACAAAAGAUAAUCCAGUGAAAAUAAAAAGGAAAGGCCAAACGGAAAACUAGACAAGAUGUUACACCCCCCUCCCCCCAAGACUAUGAUAGUAUGUUUUUAAGUGUAUUUAUUUGAUUUCCUCCUAUGGUAGGAAACAUGCAUCUGUCUGUCAGGGAUUUGGCUCUCUCUCUUCUUUCCUUCCCUUCUGAUUACAGUACAUGUUGUGACAUCGAAGCGAAGCGAUCCUUAAUGAUUACUGCUGCUGACCUUGCUGACCUGCCUACAUAACUCGUAGGUUGUAUUUAUUGUUCUUUUUUGAUUCCAGCUUAUAUAUUGACACAUUUUUUGUAGUUUAUUCGAAUUUUGCGAAUUGUGUAUGGGAGUACGAGGCAUACACACAUACACAAACCAAGUACUGAAGGAUUGUACGAUGAACGGACGAAAAGCGGAGGCAGAUGUAGAUGCCGUCAUUUUAGAAGCUAUUGAAUUAGUCGUACUGCACGUGUUUGUGAUGUAGCACAGGAGGUAUUGCACUUAAUCAACCCAAUCCCCCCCUCCUACUCACUUCCUUCUUUUGACAACACCAUCCUUUACUUGUUCUGGACUGGCUUUCACUCCGGGGGGUAUGAUCACAAAGGGCCACAGAAUGAUAAGAAGCACACAGAAGAGAACAGAUAGUAAACAAGUAAUCAUUCAUGAGACGGAGAGGACAGCUGGCCCUGGUGCUACUAACAGUUAGCCCUGUUGCUAACAGUUAUUAGUGUCCCGGUGUUACUGUCUACUGUGUAUCGUCAGACCACUGUUAUGGCACUAUUGUUUUGUUUAACUAUUAUUUAAUCAUUUUGAACGUCUUACUGUUGCACAUUGAACAUUUUUGAUUUUGUGUCAUGUACGACAUUUCCUUGAUGUUUAUACUGCCUUCCCUAUUCAAGAACACACAGUGACAGUGUCUUAUCUGAAAUGAACUGUGUUGAAAAGGGAAGAUUCUUGUUGUUCCUCCUCCCACUCGCUCAUCCAAGGGCCAAAGGUUGUGUGUGUGUGUGUGUGUGUGUGUGUGUGUGUGUGUGUGUGUGUGUGUGUGUGUGUGUGUGUGUGUGUGUGUGUGUGUGCGUGCGUGCAUAGGAGGUGGGCAGGAGGGGGGGAAUAACUUGAGUUAUACUGUAACACGGUUCUUAACUGGAAUAAGCUCCGUUUUGUUUUUGGACAUAUCUUGUUUUACCUCAUAUCCCCCAUGUCCAUAUACAUGUCCUUUCCCCCAUUUGACCUAAGGGACUCCUCCCCUGGUGGCCAUUAUGUGUGUCUGCAUCGUUUACAUGUGGAGACGAGGUGACCAAACCAAUGGGACGUUUUUCCUUCUGUAUUCGCAUAAAUCAGAAAUCAUGUUUUUUUUAUCUUGUCGAUUUAUUAUUGGCUUUAUGUUGUAUUAUUGCCUGUAUCUUUUUAACACUUUUAUGUGACAUCAGUUGAUUGAAUUAGAGUAUGCCUUAAUACAGAUAUGUUUCAAAGACGCGUGUAUUUUUAUUUCCCUACGUGAUUUAUUUAAAAUAACAUUUGCUGGAUUAUGUUAUGUUUUUACUUUAAGACAUGGGGGAACAUUGUCUUCAUUUUGUUUUAGACUAUUUUUUUGUACUGUAAACACUUUAUUUCCAGUAUUUAACAAUGUUCUGUGUAGUGUAUGAAAUCCAUAAAUAAACAAGAAGCUGGUGGUAAAUAUUCUCACCCUACUUCAUGUUUCAUUACUUGUACCUGUCAAAUAUUAACAUGAACAUAUCGCCGACCUUGUGUU